AUUUCUAGUCAGCGAGUGGCAGGCGGCAUUUUUUUUGUGAACAUUUGAGCUUUUACUGUGAGAGAGACGCUCGUGGUGUUCAAAUUCUCUGAAAAUGGCAGCAACCGCAAUACCUUGCGCCGGUUACGUAGCUACUCGCGUUCCAUUUCCAAACAAGCUUCGUCAACUCCAAAACUCUGCGUGGUGGAUUCCGAUAAAUAGAAAGAAUAAGUUGAAGAAUCUCAAUUCUCGUCUUCCUUCACCUCCAAUUGCUGCUUUACCAUUUGAUCUAUCUCCUCCUCCUAUCGAUAACGACUUCCUGGACACUAUGACAGCCUCAGGGGCGAAGGUGUCAGAAGAAGGGGUUGUUGAAACAUUUGAGAAUGACGAUGAAGCAUUAGAUUCUUUUGAUAAUGGAGUUGUGGUUGUUGACCUUUCACAUUUUGGACGAAUAAGAGUCAGUGGAGAUGACCGUGUGCACUUUCUUCACAACCAAAGCACCUCAAAUUUUGAAUGCCUUAAAGAUGGACAGGGAUGUGAGACUGUUUUUGUUACACCAACAGCUCGGACAAUAGAUAUUGCUCAUGCAUGGAUCAUGAAGAAUGCAAUUAUGUUAGUGGUCUCACCAACGAUGAGUGGGAUCAUUGCUAAUAUGCUGAACAAGUAUAUAUUUUUUGCUGACAAGGUGGAGAUUCAAGAUAUCACUAAGCAAACUUGCUUCUUUAUUUUAGCAGGACCUAAGAGCAACCAAUUAAUCCACAACCUGGAUCUUGGUGAUCUUGUUGGACAACCAUGUGGCACGCAUCGGCAUUACAGUGUAAAUGGAAUGCCUGUAACUGUGGCAGUGGGAAAUAUCAUUUCGGAAGAAGGUUUUUCACUAUUGAUGUCACCAGCAGCUGCUGGAACAGUGUGGAAAAAUAUUCUCUCUGAAGGAGCUAUUCCAUUGGGGUCUAAUGCCUGGGAAAAAAUAAGGAUUAUUCAAGGAAGGCCGGCUCCUGGUAAUGAGCUUACAAAUGAAUUCAAUGUACUAGAGGCUGGUCUCUGGAACUCAAUUUCUCUAGACAAGGGGUGCUACAAAGGACAAGAGACAAUUUCCAGACUCAUAACAUAUGAUGGAGUCAAGCAAAGACUAUGGGGCCUUUGUCUCUCAGCACCAGCACAACCUGGCAGCUCGAUUUUUGUUGAUGGGAGAAAGGUGGGCAAGCUGACUAGCUACACAUCUGGCCGGAAAGACUCCGAGCAUUUUGGUUUAGGCUAUGUCAAGAAGCAAGCUGCCACAUCUGGAGAUACUGUUGUCGUUGGGGACAACGUUAUGGGGAAAGUGGUGGAAGUUCCCUUUCUUGCCCGGCAAUGUCCACCAUCGAAGGCUCAAAACCAGAGUUCCUUAAUUAUUUAAUCUAAGUUUAACUUGCAUAUGAAUUAGCAUCUAUAGUGACUUUUAAACUGUGGAUCAUGAAGACAGAGGAAGAGAGGGAUCGGAAGAAAUCGAAGGUAAGCAACCAAGAGAGAAAUUGAAGCUCCCUUAAAUUGUGGAAGGUCCUCUUACUGCCCUCCAUCAGUUUUAUUUGGAGGUACGAGAGUUCCUAUGAUUAGAGGUUAUUUCACUUCCAUGCCCCACAUUUUGCUAAAUUUUGGAUUAAUCCACCCGCUUUUCCUGACGACCAUGAUAUCUACAUCUAUUUUCAGUUUCUUAUCUUCUUUUCCAGGCUUUUCUGCCUUGCUAAUCAACAUGUAGCAACAACUAAGUUUCGACUCAUUUUUCUAUAUAUAUACACAAUUUUGUCUAAUCACAAAUGCUAACUAGUUCCCUGUCGACAUAUAUAUCGAAAUCCUGCAUUGCUUUUCUGUUUGGGUAGACAUCAUGAGUGAAUACUGAUACGAGUAAUACAGACUGAUAUAUUUAGAGAAAUGAUAGAAAGUAUAUAUUUAGAGAGACAAGCAAUGUCUAUAUUACUCGUGUCAGUCUACAUUUAUGAUGUCUACAUAUAUAUUGCAAAGAUAUUGCAGGUUGUCGUCUAAAAUCUAAUUCAAUCUGUGCGGGAAGAAAUCCCACGUUUAAUUGCAUGCGUCUGUCUCGCAGGUAAUAAGUGUUAGAUGUUUAUUAGGAUCAUCAAACUUGACCUUCGCCUUGAUUCAAUUUUGUCAAAACCUUCGACCAAUUGCUUGAUUUGAUUCUUUUUACAUUAUUUACAGUGAAUCUUGUCUUUUAUUUCCUCUAUAUUUAUAUUAGGGUUAUAUCCAUGUAGACCCCCGAAACUUUGGUCUGCUUGCAUAUGCGCACCUUUCAUAUGGUAAUGUGGUAUAUGAUAAGAACCCAACCACCAACACAUGACACCCAAGGCCCAACUCCCACCCACUCAUAGGCUGAGCUGUCCCAAAGGCCCACAGGCCUAACCUGGGUAUACCCUGGUCCAAUCCUCCU